GACGCUUUUAAAAAGCGUUGCGGGCUUCGCCUGCAGCGGCGGCGGCGCCGGCGUCGCGGCGGCGGGCGGCGCCAGUCCGCGCGCGACCUCCGAGCCCGUCGCCGCGCCGCACGCGCUCUCUGCGCUCCACGCUACACGCUCCACGCUACACGCUCCACGCUACACGCUCCACGCUACACGCUCCACGCUACACGCUCCACGCUACACGCUCCACGCUACACGCUCCACGCUACACGCUCCACGCUACAGGCUACACGCGCCGGACCGCUACAUCUUACUACCACACCGUACCGCUCAUUCGCACACGAUGCCGCAAGAGCAGGGCGCGGGCGCGGCGUGGGCGCGGCGCUGGCUGCGGGCGCUGGCGGGCGAGCUGGUGGCCACGGCGCUGCUGGUGGCGCUGGGCGUGGGGUCGCUGCUGCCGGGCCCGGCGCCGCUGACGCACCCCGCGCUCGGCUUCGGCUUCGUCAUCACCGGCCUGGUGCAGGCCUUCGGCGGCGUGUCGGGCGCGCACAUGAACCCGGCCGUCACGCUGGCCGCGCUCAUCUGCGGCCAGCUGCCGCCCGUGCCCGCGCUCGCCUACGUGCUCGUGCAGUUCGUGGGCGCCUACUGCGGGUUCGGGCUGGUGGCGGCCAUGACGCCGCUGGAGGCGGGCACGUGUCCGGGCGUGACGCUGCCGGCGCCGGGCGUGAGCGCGGGCUCGGCCGUGCUGGUGGAGGCGCUGCUGACCGCCACGCUGGUGGCGGCCGUGGCCGGCCUGUGGGCCGCGCACGACGCCGCGCGCCCCGACCACGCCGCGCCCGUCAAGCUGGGGCUCACCGUGGCCGGGCUCGUGUACGCCGGGGGCAAGCUGACGGGCGCCAGCCUGAACCCGGCGCGCAGCCUGGCGCCGGCGCACGUGACGGGCUGCUGGCGCGCGCACUGGGUGUACUGGGUGGGCCCGCUGGGCGGCGCGGCGGCCGCGGCGCUGCUGCAGCGCUUCGUGCUGGCGCCGCCGCCGCCGCGCCGCGGGCCCGAGGAGCUGCCGCUGCGCGACAAGCCCGACCACUGAGCGCCCGCCGGCGCCGCCGCUGCAACGACGAGGCUCUCCGAAGACCCGCAUUUUGCAUUCCUAAUACUUUGCUCGACUAUCUAUUGACAUAAAUAAUACUCUUAGGACUUUAUGGAAAGUAUCUGAUUCGUGUGUAGAUAUGCGCGUACAGAAUAGUAAUUAAUUCAUAUCUAAUUAAUGAGCAACGGUAACGCGGCGACGCACGGCGACAGUCGCCGACUGGUGACGACGAUCAGCGGCUUCUAAUUAACACGCCCUUCAUUCACCAUCGACAUUGACUCACUUGCUUGAACGUUGGCAGUGUUCAAGCUGUCAGUCCUGAAGGCAAAGUAUAAGUAGGUCUGUGCUAAGCUUUAACUCGAAAAUAUAACAGCACUUGUACAUUUUUGUUUAUUAGCAGAGUCUAACAAAGUUAUCUUUGAUUGUAUUUCUAUUGUUUUUUGUUUUGGCUUAAGUACGUUUAAAAGUAAUAAUUUGUUAAAAUAAAUAUAUUUUUAUAAUGCGAAA